CUUCACUUUUCCAUCUUCCAUCACAUCUCAUCCGCAAUCCUAACCUUCCCGUUCCUUCGCCUCUCCAGAGACAGAGAAUAACCGUCGGCUCUCCACUGUGGAAUCUACUCAAACCGAAAGGUCGUUACAGGAGCAGCAGCAUUCCGUUGCUGGUGAAUCUCAUCAGCACACAUCAGCACCUGAGGCACGGACGGUCUAUCAAGUUCGGGCCAACGAGCAGGGAUGAAGCUUCGUCACCUGGUUUGGGCGGCCGCUCUGCUGGCCCAAUCUCUGCUCUCGGAGGGAAAAGGGAAAGAUUACUACGGGGCCCUAGGGCUCAAGAAGAAUGCCAAGGAAUCUGAUAUCAAGAAGGCUUACAGGAAACUAGCUCUCAAGUACCAUCCUGACAAGAACCAAGACAGGCAGGAGUGGGCUAACAAAAAGUUCGCCGACGUCGCCGAGGCUUAUGAAGUCCUGUCGGACGCCGAGAAACGGAGUAUCUACGACCAAUUUGGCGAGGAAGGUCUCAAGCAUGGCGCCGGUGGCGGCGACGGAGGAGCGGGAGGCUUUCCCGGUGGCGGUGGCGGUGGCUUCCACGGAUUCGGCGGGUUUCCUGGCCAAGCAGGCGGUGGCGGAGGGCAUAGAUUCCAUUUCGAGGCUGGAGACGCGCACAGAACGUUCGAGCAGUUCUUCGCAACUGGGACCCCCGGAGGCGGUGGGGGCGGCAACAUCUUCGAUGAGUUUUUUGGCGGCGGUGGUGGCGCGAAGCCCCCGCAGGACCUCUACCCAAAGGGCUCCAAAGUUGGCAAGCUUUCCGAGAACAAGUUUCCCAAAGCGGGCUCCGCGCACGUCUGGUUGGUCCACUUCUACUCUCCCCAGAGCCGCGAGUGCAGCCAGCUUGCCCCCACGAUGGAAAAACUAGCAGAGGUGCUUCAAGGCGUGGCGAAGGUCGGAGCGAUGGACUGCACAGGGAAGGCGGAGCGCUUCUGCGUCCAGCAAGGGGUUCGAGAGUUCCCCGGCUUGAUGCUCGUCGUUGCCGGCGAGAACACGGAUUACGAAGGAGUCGCCGACCUGAAGUCAUUGCACGAAUUUGUUCUUGAGGGCUUGCCAUCAGAGCACGUGGCGAAUCUUCGUCGUAGAGACCAGGCCGACUCCUUCCUGCAGUCAGAGUGCCAGGAGGGUUCAGAGUGGGGCUCGUGCGGCAUUCUUUUCACGAACAAGUUCGAGACUUCGUCGGCUCUCAAGGCCCUCGCGUUCCGUUACCGUGGAAGGGCCUACCUCCCACCGCCACCCGCCAGGUCGCGUUCGGAGAAGUUCGCGGAAAGAAUGACGCACUAGCGAAUAGCUUCCACAUCUCUUCGUACCCAAGCCUCGUCUUCUUCUGCGGCGGGAACGCCGGCGUUUCUUUUUCGUACGAG